AACCUCACCUCAUCUCUCCACAGGGCUGGCAGUUCGCACGCCAUCCAUCAGCUGGAUCACGAAGGAGCAGGUGGUGGACAUCGGGUCAAGCAUGCAGCUGGAGUGUUCGGUGCAGUACGCCCAGGAUUACCCCGUGCUGUGGGUCAAAAGGGGGACCGGGGGCGUGCAGGACCUCCCCAUCUCCACCGGCCCGGGACUUAUCAUCAGGGACUCCCGCUACUCCCUGAGGCAUGACAAGGGAUCCUCCACCUAUAUCCUGCAGAUCAAGGACAUACAGGAGAGUGACGGAGGGGAGUACAUGUGUCAAGUGCUGAUCGGCAUCAACAACAGGAUCACCGCCAAUGUUGACCUGCUGGUGCGCCGCCCGCCAGUCAUCUCCGACAACUCCACGCGGUCCGUUGUGGCGAGUGAAGGCGACAGUGUUGAGCUCUCUUGCUACGCUGGGGGCAUGCCCAUCCCUGAUAUCUCCUGGAGGAGGGAGAACAACGCCAUCCUGCCCACUGGCGGCUCCAUCUACAGGGGUAAUGUACUGCAGAUCGCCAACAUUCGCAAGGAGGACCGUGGCACCUACUACUGCAUUGCUGAGAACCAGGUGGGGCGAGGGGCGAGGCGGAACAUCAACGUGGAGGUGGAGUUUGCCCCCAUGGUGAAGGCAAUCCGCCCCAGAGUAUACCAGGCCCUGCAGUACAACAUGGAUCUAGAGUGCCAUGUGGAGGCAUACCCACCUGCCGCCAUCACCUGGUUCCACAAGCAGGAGGGCAUCGUUAACAACCAGCACUAUAGAGUUUCCCAGUUUGCCACGGCUGAUGAGUACACAGACACAACCCUGCGAGUCCUGAGUAUCGAGAAGCGUCAGUUUGGCAACUACUCCUGCACUGCCACCAACAAGCUGGGCCAGUCCUCUGCCAUCGUCACCCUCAUCGAGACGACCACGCCGGUGUGCCCCCCAGCGUGUGGCACCCUCACUUACUCUGCCGCCUACACGCCCACGCCCUCCGUACUGACUCUCCUCGCCCUCUUUGCCGCUAUCCUCCUCAGGAACUAAGGAGAGCACCUGGUACCCAACAUUCGCCAUGAGGGUGUGCUGGUGUAUACUGCAGGAGGCACCAUCACCCCUCACCUCCAUCCCAUCCUUGUCCCCUUCUUCCUCUUGCUCCUGUCCCUUUUGUCAGUCAUGGGUGGGCUGUAGGUCCCUCUGCAAGGCCCUGUAUCAUGUCCCUAGCCUGGGUGUAGAUUCCAUAGGGGGAAGCAAGAUUAUUAACCCAGAUAGCUGGAAGUGUUGCAGAGAUUUCCAUAAGUGUUUGAUGCCAUGAAUGUUGUCUGUGGCUGAAACCUUGUGUGGGAUUCCAUUAGGGUUAGUUGACAUCAAGAUAGAAAAGUAUAAGGCUGUGGGUAUUGUAGAUUUCAAAAAUACACAAUAGCACAGUACAGCUGAAUCCAAAUGUAUGUGUACAUAUAUGGGUGUUUUAUUUAUUUUUUUUCUCUGGGAAGGAAAGGGUUUUUGGGUUUAGUUAAUUAAUGUAGCCACAAGUAGGUUAACCCUUUAAGAUCCUCAGCUGAAUGUAGAUGGCUUCAAAAUACAAGUGUUUUUGUUGUUCAGGGGAGGGUUCAAAGACAAGUGGUGUGUUGCACUAAACUUUCAGGUCAACAAAUGUGUUAUAGGUACUUUAGGCAUUGCUUUGCCCUAAAUGACCGCCUGGACUUUGAGGGAUGACAACUGAACUGUAUAGACAAAGACACUGAAGUUUAUUAAUAGUUAUUUUAGUGUGGGAUGAUACAGCAAAUAGGAUUUUUCAAACAUAAAGACUGACUAAAAAAAAAAAAAAAAAAAAAAGGUGCAAUGAUGAAAACUGAAACUAUACUUACCUUAAUAUUGAAGUUUAUUGAUAUUAUUUGAGUGAGGGGAUGAUGUGACAACCUAGACUAUAGAAAUUCUUAAAAGCAAAUGAUGGGAGGCUGAUUCAAGUAACAUUUUGUGAAUUAGAAAAGGAUGAAUAACUGAGUGUAACAUCCAGAUAUUUGUGUUUUACAUAUAUCAUAUGAGUUUGUGUAUCACCUUAGCAAUAACUUACAACAUUGUGAAAACCACGUAAUCCUGCACUCAACACGGGAAGGAAAAAGCAGAAAAAGAAAGAUAUCUGACCUCUUUAUCACUAAUUAAUAUAUAUCAGUAAAUACAUAGGAAGCAGAUUACAUCACCUAACAUCACUGAUUAUAAAAAAAAGACUAGGAACAAUACAUAUUUAUUAUUUUGGUACUGGAAAAAACUAAAGCAUAUCACAGCA